AUGGAGAACUGCACCGAAAACAAUGCAGUGCAAAAUGGCACUGUGCUGUUUCAAGUCAUCGUCUACAUCCCUGUGCUCUCCCUGGGGAUCCCACUGAACACAGUUGCCUUCUGGAUCUUCUGCUGCAGACUCAAGAGGUGGACCGAGACCAGGGUGUACAUGAUCAACCUUGUGAUCGCAGACAGUUUCCUGCUCUUUGCCCUGCCUUUCCUGAUAUAUUUUACCAAGUACAACCAUCCCAUAGACAAGCUGUGCUCCACCAUACAGAGAAUCUAUUUUACCAACAUGCCUAUGAGCAUCCUUAUCAUCACCCUGAUUGCCAUUGAUCGAUACAUUGCAAUCAAGUUCCCUCUAAAAGCAAAGACUCUUCGAUCCCCACUGAAAUCAGCUUCUAUCUGUGGGCUGCUUUGGAUAAUGCUAAUAACUUAUUCCUACUUGCAGCCAAACUUUGAUGAAGAAAAGGAACAAUUCUGCUUUCGGAAAGAAUCUAUUGACCCUAAUUAUUUAUCGUUAUUUUCCACUAUUUUUGGUUUCUUUGUUCCCUUAGCGAUUGUGAUUUUUUGCUCUGUACAAGUCGUCAGUUGUCUCAAAAAGAAGAUGGCCACGAGCCCUCAUGAGACAAAGUUAAUCCAGAAAGCAAUCUACAUUGUUUCUGUGAAUUUAUGUGUGUUCAUCGUAUGUUUUGCACCUCUCUACAUCACGCUGCUCUUACGAUUUGCAGUGGAUGUUUCUGGAGCUUGUUCCCUGCUCUCGGGAGUUAGAACCUGUAUUCGGAUCUGUGCAUGCUUAGCAAACUCUAACUGCUGUUUGGAUGUGUUUUGCUAUUACUUUGCAGCCAAGGAAUUUCAGGAAUUUCCUUCUCUGUUCCCUACUUGUAUAUCAAUGAGGUCCAAGAUGAACCACAGCAAAGAGUCACAGCUACCUACAGAUCAAGACAUGACACAGACGAGGUCUUGUGCACCAUAG